GCAGUUGGUGUAGGAGAGAGAGCGAGGAAGGUUUAUCUUGCCCUAACAGUACAUAUGCGCUGUGGACAAUUCCCUCGUCAGACAAGCCUGAUUAUUUCUUUAGAGGGGCGGGGAAGUCAACCAUUGCAGACUGGUGUCAUGACGAAGAGCACUACCCCAUCCUAACAAUUAACCUUGAUGAGAUAAGAUUACUUUCAAUUAUCGCAGCCGGGCACGUGUACAGAGCCGCGCGCGCUCUCUCCGAGGAUUUUGGACUAAAUGAAAUGAUUAGGAGACAAUAAGUGCCCACAGACGAUUUUACUUCGUUUCGGUUCCAGAUCGGUGAGCAGGCGUUUUGCCGAAGAAAGCCAUGGGAACUUAAUACAGUAGAGGGAAUUAGAGGGUGAAUUUUGGGAUUUGCGACAGAAAUGCCGAACUGACUAAAGAAUCGGACUCGUCUCCUGUAAUUUCUUUUUUAUAUAGGGAGCUACACUGUUUUUUCUCUCACGUUAUCUUUUUUGCACGACAGCAGCUGAACAGCAGUGUCUGGACAGCACAUGCCAACCGUCCGCUCCGCUUCCUCGCAUCUGCACCCCGGUCACUCGAGAUGAUCACGGAGUCCCGAGCCUGAGCGGUGUGGAGCGGCGAGAACGGACAAUUCCAUCGGUCGUUUCUCCUCGUCCGCAACGCGAGCGACGGACGAGCAGCCUAACAACAAAAAAAGUCAUCGCCGGCGCCCCGUUGGAAACAUGGAUCAGGACGAGGAGACCAUGGAGGUGUCGAAAAAAUCCGUAAUCGCGAAGAUUUUCAAAGUUCGCAAGCGGCGGGAGAUGCUUUUCGUGCAAGUGUGUUUUAUCUGCAGUGUCCUCUUCAUGGCGUGGUGCAUGUCAGCACUCCUGACGAAGGCAGGUCAUGGGAUGCUGGUGGAUGGCGGACAUGAGGUGCAUCACCACGACAACUACUGGGGAAGGAGACUCAUGGCCUCUUUUCCUGACGGCAAUGAGACGGAGGAGAAGAACUGCACUGAGCCUGCCAUACGUGAGUUUCCUGGUGACAUGUUUUCCAAUGAUGAGCGAAAGAGCGGUGCAGUCUUACUUCAUAUAACAGCGGCGCUCUACAUGUUUCUGGCUCUUGCCAUCGUGUGUGAUGACUACUUCGUCAUGUCCUUGGAGAAGAUCUGUGAGAAAUUGGACCUGAGUGAGGAUGUGGCGGGAGCCACUUUUAUGGCAGCAGGGAGUUCUGCUCCUGAGCUCUUUGCCUCUGUUAUAGGUGUCUUUAUUACUCAUGGUGAUGUGGGCGUUGGAACCAUCGUGGGCUCUGCCGUCUUCAACAUCCUAUGCAUCAUCGGAGUGUGUGGGAUCUUUGCUGGACAGGUGGUGAUGUUGACCAAGUAUGCUGUGUUCCGGGACUCCAUCUGCUACACCUUCUCAGUGGUGGCCCUCAUCGUGUUCAUCUACGAUGAGAAGAUUGUGUGGUGGGAGGCCCUGAUCCUGGUACUAAUGUACUGCAUCUACAUUCUCAUCAUGAAAUUUAACACCUCUAUACAGAAGCUGUUUACCGGCAAAGGGAGCAAGAAUGUUGCCAACGGAAAUGCUGCCAGUGGCAGUGAGAUGGAGGAUGGUAAUGGUUGCUAUGACAAUGUUUGGGAUGACCCCACCCUGCCAUUGCUGGGCACAGGUAAGGUUGACCAGACAGAUUGUGUCUGUCAUGGGUCCAAGGCCACGCCCUCCUCUUCUCAUCCCCUUGGUGUGUGUGUGUGUGUGUGUGUGUGUGUGUAUGCAGGAGGCUGUAUGAACAAGAUAAAGUGGCUGAUCUCGUGGCCCCUGCUCCUGCUGCUCUUCUUCACCAUCCCCAACUGUGCCAAACCGCGCUGGGAGAAGUUCUUCAUGCUCUCCUUCAUCCUCUCCACCGUCUGGAUCGCCGUCUUCUCCUACUUCAUGGUGUGGAUGGUAACGGUCAUCGGAUUCACACUUGGCAUUCCCGAUGUCAUCAUGGGAAUCACUUUCCUGGCCGCCGGCACCAGUGUGCCAGACUGCAUCGCCAGUCUCAUCGUGGCACGGCAAGGGCUUGGGGACAUGGCUGUGUCUAACACCAUUGGCAGUAAUGUGUUUGACAUCUUAGUCGGCCUGGGUGUUCCAUGGGCUCUGCAGACCAUGGCAGUGGACUAUGGCUCAGAGGUUCAGAUUAACAGUCGAGGGCUUGUCUACUCAGUGGUGCUUCUGCUGGGCUCUGUGGCAUUAACAGUUCUGGCGAUCCACGUAAACAACUGGAAACUGGACCUGAAGCUGGGCAUCUAUGUCCUACUGCUCUACGCGGUGUUCCUCUGUUUCUCCAUUAUGAUCGAGUACAACGUCUUCACCUUCGUCAACCUGCCCAUGUGUCAGGGGGACUUCUAGACGUCCAGGCCUCGACCACCUGUCUAGUCGGCCUCUGUCCCAACCCCACCUCGGAUAUCCUCCGAUGCCCAACGACCAAAACCACCCAGCCAACCACCAUUGGCUGUGAAGUGUCUUGGUGUCCCAUACACUCAUUCAAUCCGAGACUCCCACGGGACCCAUGUUUACCUUUCCUGUUCUCUCAGUCUCUUGUUCUCACGGUCACUUUUUCUAUCAUUUUUUUCCCUUCAUCCUCCCCCAUUAAUUUGUCCUGUUGGUCUUUUUCUUCCAUGUAGAUUGGGAGAAAAUUAUUAUAUUUGUGUGAACUUGUUUGGUUUUCUUUCAUGGUCUUUUUUUUCUGUUUCCUGUUUUGUCUUCAUCGUUACGAUGGAGAGUUUGGGAGUCCUCAGUGCCACCUCCUCCUCCCUCUCCUCUCCUCUCCUCUCCGGCAUGUCCUACCUGUGUUCUCUUUCCUUCCUUUUUCUUCUGAAGAACCGGUUCCAUCCCAUGAAGGAGGAACUUCUCCUUGGCAGCUCUCCACCUCCACAGCGUCUCCUCUUCCUCCUCCUCUCUCUUCUCAUGACUCUAGGUCAACCACAAAUGGAUCAUCUUUCCUGCCAAAACCAAAAAAAAGAUAAAACUGCAUGCGUCCUCCUUUUCUUCUCUCUUGUCAAAUACCCCAUAACCCUGGUCACCAAGGCACUUUCUGUUACAUGGUGUUCAGUGAUUUUUAUUAUGAUUUUAUCAUUUGUUUUAUUUAGUUUUUUUGCUUUUCUGCCCAGCACUUGACUACUUCAGAGAGUGGGGGCCUUGAGUCUGCAGCAGUUCACAAAGGGGAGAUCUAAACAUAUCAUAAAUCUCAUCUCUCUUGUAUCAAUACAGUUGAAUUGUUGUUAUUUUUCUCCCCUAAACAAAGAAAUAAGCGUUGUGUAAAAAGAUCACAGGGCAGAAUGCAAUCAGUGCAGAUCGAGCAUCCAUUUGCAAUUAACAUAAAUGUAGACGUCGGGACAAUGCGAUUGGUUCCAUUCCCCACCAGUCACUUGAAUGGGAGGGAGACCUCAACUUGCAGUGAUUCUAUUGGGUGAUCUUUCAUCAGUUAUAUAUUUUUUUUUUUAAGAAAUAGUUAUGUCCUCAUUUACCAUCUGCAUGCCAGGACAGAGGUGGAAUCUGGUAGGGGCAAUUUUUGGUUAAUUUACUGAGUGGAGGAGAAAAGCAGCACCGAUUUAUACAGUCCUGGUGGGAUUUGUUCAGACUGACGGACUGACUCCAAAGGGUAUAGUGUACUAUUUUUAUUUUGUCGCUCUUUUUUGUUUGUUUGUUUUGUUAUUGUAAUAGUUGAUGUAGAGCCAGGGCUCUCGUCCUGAAGCGAGCUGCUUGACCUCUUGCCCACUUUGGGGGCACAAGGAGAGUAAAUAUCCCCUACUCUGCUUGGGCUGUUUUUUUUUCUUUUCUUUUUUUUUUCUUUUAGAGUUCUAAACCUGUUUUUUGGAAAUCAGGGAAUUAAAUGAGCUUCAUACACCCCUCCCCCAAGUAAAAGGGUGGGGGAGUUUGGUGAUGUUCUCUUGUUGUGGAAUUUACAUGUAGAUAUUUGCACUUUAAAAACAAAGCAAAGCAGUCCUCCCAUCCAAUCAGUGCUUCCUCUUAUGUGUGCACGACUGGUUGUAAUGUGCGAGUAUGCGUGCGCGUGGGUAUGUGAGUUUUAUUUUGGUUUUGAGGGACCUCAUCCUGUCUACUUUCCUCGUCUCCACCUCCCAUCCCCAUCAUGAGCACAGUCUCAAAGAGCACAUCUGUGUCUGCAAUGCAUGAUGGGAACUCUUUCUGGAGGUGGGUUAGGAGGAGGAGGAGGGGUUGUGGGGUGGGGGGGAGGGUGCACAGUUGCAACUGUAGUGUUCCUCCCCUGCCCCCGUCCCCUAGCUUUUCCCCUCCCUGAAGUGCCCACCUGGUCCUCUCUUUACACAAAGUGGCAGCUACAAGCAGCACAGCAAUCCAGACGUCUCACCUCAUGAUGCAAAAACCAACCUGUAGAGGGACCUGGGCUGUGUCAGGGGUGCGGGCGUAGGGGCGGGGAGGGGGACCUGAUUGGGCAAAGUCACCAGCGCCUGGCUACUUGGCUCUGCCUGACCCUGACCUUUGACCUUUUCCGUCCUGCCCCCCCCCCCACCCCCUUUCCCCUCCACCAUCGUGUCACCAGAGGGCCGGUGCAGGCCGGUGCUAGUCUGGUUUAUGCAAUCACAUCCUGGACAGAACUGAAGUGAGGGGAAAGGUGGUCGACACAAUUAAAAGCACUGUACUGCACUGGGCAAGCUCUGUGCCAUGGGGUGGUGGAGGGGGGUGGCAUUUGUCAUUUUGGAAGCCCAGACAGCAAGAUGAUCACAGAUUGCCGUGGGGUUUUCCUCUCCUGAUGGCU